AAGUAAAAGGAUGGUUACUGCAGAGUGCAGAGUGAAGACGAGGCCCGACGUCUCUGCCACGCGAAGCUGAUUUCUUUGUUCCAUUCAAGCUCAAACCUUCUGAGGCAUCAAAGUGUCAUCUUGGAAAGGUUAAAGAGCCUUACAUUGUAAAAAAAAGAGUAAGGAUGGAGCUGUCAAUAGUACAGCCUGAUGACUGGCACCUUCAUCUUCGUGAUGGUGACCUUCUUGAAGCAGUUGUCACCCACAGUGCACUUCAUUUCAGGAGGGCAAUUGUGAUGCCAAAUCUGAAACCUCCUAUCACCACCACAGCUGCAGCUGUGGCUUAUCGAGAAUCCAUACUGAAAGCACUACCAGAAAACAGUCAUUUCACUCCUCUUAUGACACUCUAUUUAACAGAUAAGACCAGUCCUGAUGAGAUCAAGCUUGCCAGAAAAAGUGGGAUAGUUUUUGCUGUGAAGUUGUAUCCUGCUGGUGCUACUACAAAUUCUCAAGAUGGUGUUACUGAUCUUUUUGGGAAGUGCCUACCUGUUCUCGAGGAGAUGGUCCAGCAGAAUAUGCCAUUGCUGGUCCAUGGGGAAGUAACGGAUCCAGAAGUUGACAUAUUUGAUCGUGAAAAAGUCUUCAUUGAUACCAUUUUAAGACCAUUAAUUCAGAGGCUUCCACAGUUGAAAAUUGUAAUGGAGCAUAUAACUACUCUAGAUGCUGUUAGAUUUAUUGAAUCUUGUAGUGAAGGAUCUGUUGCUGCAACUGUGACACCACAGCAUCUCCUUCUCAAUAGGAAUGCUCUAUUUCAAGGAGGACUACAGCCACAUAAUUAUUGCCUUCCAGUAUUAAAGAGAGAGAUACACAGACAGGCUAUUGUAUCAGCAGUUACAAGCGGAAGUAAACGGUUUUUUCUUGGAACUGAUAGUGCUCCUCAUGAAAGACGACGAAAAGAAUGUCCUUGUGGAUGUGCAGGGAUAUAUAAUGCCCCUGUAGCCCUCUCACUUUAUACCAAAAUAUUUGAAGAGGCAAAUGCACUUGACAAACUAGAGGCUUUUACCAGCUUUAAUGGCCCAGACUUCUAUGGUCUUCCUAGGAACACAUCAAAAAUCAAAUUGAUCAAGAACCCAUGGAAGGUGCCAGAAUCCUAUACAUUUGCAUUCGGAGUCAUUAUUCCCAUGUUUGCAGGCAAAACUCUUGAAUGGUUGCCAUAUACUUCUAGUUGAUCAUCUCAUGCCAUUGAGAAUCUCUUCUCUUUUGUAAUCAUUCGACAAUUGGGGGAAAAGACUAGCAGCCAUCUUUUUGUUUCUAAAAUAAUAAUUUAGAUAUGUGAUUGCCUAUACCUGUGCUCUAGCUGCAAAUGGUUUUAAAAAUUACAUGAUAUUAUUGUCAAGAAAUAAUUGUUUGUUUCACACAUUUAGUUCUCCUAAAUUUGUUAGUUCAA